AUCGCCUGCCUACCCUUUAGUUUAGCUACAACACUGUAGUAUGUGAAUAGUAGCAGGCAACACGAAUUUCGCUCCUCAUAUUGAUUUCUUUAUAUGUCUUUUAUUUACAAUAUUCAUGGUUUUGUCAGCCAGUAGUGGUAUUUAGGCUUCAAAGUAGAUACAUUGGUAUUUUAGUUAGCUUGUGAUAACUUGCGCAACGACUUCAGAUACGAGCAAAGUCUCGGGACAAGGCAACAACUAGUCUUUUGGAAGGACAGAUUUGACAUAACUUUCAGACUAAUUUUCACCAGGUUGAACUCUUCGAUAGCUUCUAUGUUCCUUCUAUAGGCUAGUGUUGGACAGUUCUUUUGGCGUAUGUGUCUGUUUGUCAUAUUCCCUCUGGAAGUCUAUGGAGAGAAGCUGUUCAACUUGGAUGUUAUCCUCACGCGACUCUGGAUUUAGUUACGUACUGUGAGACGUACACGCGUAACCCCAGAGGCCAGACAUUGAAUGUUGACUUUACGACAAGAAUAGUCGAAAACACCUGAUUUGACCCGAUUUGAAUGCCUGUGCAAGGAUUUUGUUGGUUUCUGUGCUGCAGGCAGGGUUUCAAUUUGCUCGGACGGGACUAUGGGGAGAAAGAGGAGGAAGAAUCUUUUGAGUUGCGCAACAAGGAGGAUCUGACUUGCAACGGACGUGGUCCACUUGAGGUGACUCUCUCUCAGCCGACUCGCACAGCCAAUGGGACAAACGGACACAGUCUGUCAGAGGUUCCUGAUGAGAUGAAGAGUCUGAUCAUAGAGAAGAGCAAGAUGGGCCUGGAAGAAGACCCCGAGCUGCUUGUCAAAGGCUGGCUGUUCCGGGAGGUGUGUGGAAGCUGGAUCAAGCAGAGGUGCUACUGGUUUGUACUGAGCCUGGACUCCUUAGACUACUACAGCAGCUCAGAGAGAGGAGCCCGCAGACUGGGAACACUGGUGCUCACCAACCUCUGCUCUGUCAUCUGGCCAGACAAACAGACCUUCAAGGAGACGGGGUACUGGAGCAUCACAGUGUAUGGGCGUAAGCACUGCUACAGGCUGUACACCAAGCACUUCAACGAGGCUGUGCACUGGGCCUGCGCUGUCCAGAAGGUCAUCGACACAAAAGCCCCCGUGGAGACGCCCACUCAGCUCCUGAUCCGAGACAUCGAGGAGAACAAGUUUAACCCUGAGGUGGUAGAUAAUAUGUACCAGCACAACCCCAUCCUGAAGCACACCCAGAGCCCCCUGUAUGCCCCCCUGUUGCCCUUCCCUUACGGCAGCCUGGAACACACCUACCACAGAGGUAAGGGCUACGCCACGGUGCGGGAGGAAGCGGUGAAGCUCUUCAACUGUCUGCAGCAGCUGGAGUCUGCGCGGGACCCGGUGCCUCUGAUCCAGGGCGUGCUGCAGACCUGUCUGGACCUGCGGCCGCUCCGGGACGAGGUCUACUGCCAGCUGGUGAAGCAGACCAGCUGCACGCCGCAGCCCCACACCGCCGCACACCUCCGCUACUGGCAGCUCCUCACCUGCAUGAGCUGCACCUUCCUGCCCGGCCCCGCCGUGCUUAAAUACCUGCGCUUCCACCUCAAGAGGAUCCAGAGCCAAUUCCCGGAGUCUGAGAUGGAUAACUAUGCGUCGUUCAUCGGGGAGGCUCUGGAGAAGACACGGUGUCGGGAAUGUGUUCCCUCCUGGGAGGAGAUCCAGGUGCUGAUGGGGAGACAGGAGAUGCUGUGUACAGUUCACUACCCAGGACCAGGCUCCUGUCAGCUCCACAUCAGCUCACACACCACCGCCAACGAGGUGGUGAGGAGGAUGUUGGAGAAGCUGGGUCUGAAGGAGAGCAGAAACACGUUUUCCCUGUUUGAGCAGAACGCCCACUGGGAGAGAGCUGUAGGGGGCAGCACCAUCAUCGCUGACAUCCUCACCAGGUUUGAAAACCUGUCUGCCAAAGAGCCAGACUCAGAUUCCCAGUGGAGGCUUUGCUUCAAACUCUACUGCCUUCUGGAUGCUGACACCAUAUCUGUUGACAGUAUCGAGUACCUCUUCCUCUUUGAACAGUGCCAUGAGAUGGUGGUGCGAGGUCAGCUCCCAGCCGGUGAGGAGGACCUCCAGACCCUGGCUGCCCUGCGGCUUCAGUCUGUGAUCGGGGACUUCAGCACCCACUCCCCCUGCCCCCCUCUGGACGAGCUCUUCCCCGGCCACAUGGUGGAGGCCAGGCUCCUCAUGCCCCCCUGUGCCCCCCCCGCCCUCCUCCCCGGCACCCAGACCCCGGGCCAGGGCUGCCCCCAGCGCUUCCCCGGGGGUCUCCUGGGAGGGGCGUUGUGGAACCAUACGGCCACUGCAGCCCACAAGCAGAAGGUGGAGCAGAACCUGCGGCUACGCAGCCGUCUGAAGGAGGAGGCUGCGGCCAUCAUGAGCACCAUUGUGGAGUGCUGGAAGGGCCUGGCCGGGUACAGCAGGAGGGACAGUAUGACUGCCUACCUCACCAUCGCACGCCAGUGGUCUGGCUUUGGCUGCACACUCUAUGAGGUGGACUUCUAUAUUAGUUCGACAGGUAGUUUCUCUCAGAAGCUGUGGCUGGGUGUGGCAGCGACGUGUGUGUCUCUGUACAGGCAGGGCGAGGCGGAGGCUCUGGAGUCCUUCCCCUACGGACAGAUCUGCUCCUACGGCGUCUCCGACAGCAACACCUUCAAGAUCACCGCCGGCGACCGAGACCUGCUGUUUGAAACUACCAAGCUGACUGAGAUCAUGCAGCUGAUGAAUGCCUAUUUCAGUGCCAUCCGUCGCCAGUGUGGGAGGGGCGAGGACGUGGUGAGCAUCACAGAGGGCACUGCCAUCGAGGUGGGCUUCCACCACCUCCCCCCGACACCCACCCCCACCCUGCUGGAGCUGCCCUCGCACCCCGUGUGAAGAGCACUCCUUCCCCCUGUCCUCAGCUCACACGCAGCCUCCUCGGAGCCCAGCCCCAGCCUAGCGGACCCUGCGCCUGCUUCCUCCACCUCCUCCACUGGGAACAGCACCACAGCCAAAACAAAGAGAAGGCUGUUUUUACUCCUCAUCCGUGAAAAUAAACCUCGCUGAGAGUUCCAACUGAAGGAGCGAGAAGGGGAGGAGCCUGUUUUGUAAGUGAGGCUAGAAACCCACAGAAACCGAUGUGGGUGCUGAUUAGGUGUCACCACCUCCCCCAUCCUGCCACACAACCUCUGUUCUCACAUGGGAGAUCCGGCACCCCGACAACGUGAGGCACGGAACCCGAAGCUGUGGCUCCUUAUCUCCUAGAACUCACAGGGCCAUACUUCAGGGAGACACACUGUUGCCUAGACACAAGAGUUCAUCUACAGUUCCCCAACCAGUUACACUGCUCACCUAGAGACACGGAGCAAAGCAGAGGACAAACUGCUUGAGGGAGCGCUGUGAACGUGCCUCUGCUAUGCUGUUCUACAUGUCGUGCUCUGCCUUUCCUAGAAGAUUUAUCGCCCUUUCCUAGAAUAUCUGUCAUGCAAUAGAAAGGGGGGGGGUGGAAUCAGACUCACUGACUCACACCCACACUUUCACCUCCUCUCUCUCUCUCUCGCACACACACACUCUGAAAGGGUCUGUUUUCAUAAAGACCCCAGCCAGGCUUGCAUUACCUAGAACUGUCGAUGUGGCAAGCCGUGUGAACUGGAACUUGAACCAGAUGAUGGAGCUCAGUAAGUCACUCUGGCUGUCAUGGACACGACUGCUCCUGCUGGUACUGUCUGCUGGGUGGGAGAGACUACUGGAUGGGACACUUUGAUUGGACGAGACUACAGGAUGGGACACUUUGAUUGGACGAGAUGUUAUAAAGGACCCAGCCUCAUGCUGUGUAACAGAAACUAUAGGAUCUUGGGCUAUGACUUGUCUGUUGGUUCUACCAAACACUCUGAUUUACCCCCCCUUUUGUCAACUUGCUGCUUGCCCGAGCCAUCACCCCAACAUGAAACUAUGGCUAACACUUGGCUAACACUUGAUAGGAGCAUUUUAAAUGUCUUGUCUGUUCAUUUUUAAUAGUUAAGUGAUCCAAUUUUGAUCUUAUAUCUACAAUUUAAGGGUGGAACUGUUAUUUCCCUGUCUCUGUUUCAGUGGGGAACUUAUUCGGUGUGGAUGGAAAUGAGCUGUUUUAAGUCCGCACUCUGAAGAAUUGAUGUACUAACCUAACCCCCAGCCAGUAACAUGGACCAUCCCAACCACAAUGCAGACCCCUGUCUUUUCUCUGCUGUGCCGACAUACAGAACCAAUGCUGUCCUGACUAUUGAUGCGUUUUUAGUAUUAUUUAUGUACACACUUUGUGACACAUUGUUUGGUGUGGUCUUUUUAUUUCAUCCAUUUUGUAUGUCUUAAAUGAGGACCUGAUUUUUGUGUUUUUUUUUAUUUUUAGUAUGGCUUUGAAAUUAUCCCAUUAAUGUCUCAUCUAGAUCCAUGAGGUCACUGUACUGAUCAGCCAUGUGAUCCUAUAAAAGCUUAAGGGCUCUAUUCAAUCUGUAUCGUGGAAGUUCAGCGUUUAAAGGAAACGUUCCCGCAUUAGCGGAGACUCCAUUCACGGUGAACGCUGCAUGACUCAAUUGGAAAUGACUUUCUAUCGUACCAUCUGUAACGCUUCAGCGACAGAUUGAGUAAAGCCCUAAGCUACCUUAUUGGAAAUGACUUUCUAUCGUACCAUCUGUAACGCUUCAGCGACAGAUUGAGUAAAGCCCUAAGCUACCUUAUUGGAAAUGACUUUCUAUCGUACCAUCUGUAACGCUUCAGCGACAGAUUGAGUAAAGCCCUAAGCUACCUUAUUGGAAAUGACUUUCUAUCGUACCAUCUGUAACGCUUCAGCGACAGAUUGAGUAAAGCCCUAAGCUACCUUAUUGGAAAUGACUUUCUAUCGUACCAUCUGUAACGCUUCAGCGACAGAUUGAGUAAAGCCCUAAGCUACCUUAUUGGAAAUGACUUUCUAUCGUACCAUCUGUAACGCUUCAGCGACAGAUUGAGUAAAGCCCUAAGCUACCUUAUUGGAAAUGACUUUCUAUCGUACCAUCUGUAACGCUUCAGCGACAGAUUGAGUAAAGCCCUAAGCUACCUUAUUGGAAAUGACUUUCUAUCGUACCAUCUGUAACACUUCAGCGACAGAUUGAGUAAAGCCCUAAGCUACCUUAUUGGAAAUGACUUUCUAUCGUACCAUCUGUAAUACUUCAGCGACAGAUUGAGUAAAGCCCUAAGCUACCUUAUUGGAAAUGACUUUCUAUCGUACCAUCUGUAACACUUCAGCGACAGAUUGAGUAAAGCCCUAAGCUACCUUAUUGGAAAUGACUUUCUAUCGUACCAUCUGUAACACUUCAGCGACAGAUUGAGUAAAGCCCUAAGCUACCUUAUUGGAAAUUACUUUCUAUCGUACCAUCUGUAACGCUUCAGCGACAGAUUGACUAAAGCCCUAAGCUACCUUAUUGCCACAAACACACAGCACGUUGCCCUUCUGUGUUCACUACUUGGCUGGUAGACUUUGUCCAAGUUCAUUAAAGUAACCAAAAAGUCCUGUUUUGAGCAUGGACCACAGAGAAGUUCUGCUGUAAGCUUUCUCCAGACGUUAGAUAGUUGCACCUCAAAUGUUACACCCCAACGUCAUCUAGACCAAUAGAAGUUCUGCUUUCUCCAGAGAAUAUACCCAGACGUUAGAUAGUUACACCCCAAUGUCAUCUAGACCAAUAGAAGUUCUGCUUUCUCCAGAGAAUAUACCCAGACGUUAGAUAGUUACACCCCAACGUCAUCUAGACCAAUAGAAGUUCUGCUUUCUCCAGAGAAUAUACCCAGACGUUAGAUAGUUACACCCCAACGUCAUCUAGACCAAUAGAAGUUCUGCUUUCUCCAGAGAAUAUACCCAGACGUUAGAUAGUUACACCCCAACGUCAUCUAGACCAAUAGAAGUUCUGCUUUCUCCAGAGAAUAUACCCAGACAUUAGAUAGUUACACCCCAACGUCAUCUAGACCAAUAGAAGUUCUGCUUUCUCCAGAGAAUAUACCCAGACGUUAGAUAGUUACACCCCAACGUCAUCUAGACCAAUAGAAGUUCUGCUUUCUCCAGAGAAUAUACCCAGACGUUAGAUAGUUACACCCCAACGUCAUCUAGACCAAUAGAAGUUCUGCUUUCUCCAGAGAAUAUACCCAGACGUUAGAUAGUUACACCCCAACGUCAUCUAGACCAAUAGAAGUUCUGCUUUCUCCAGAGAAUAUACCCAGACGUUAGAUAGUUACACCCCAACGUCAUCUAGACCAAUAGAAGUUCUGCUUUCUCCAGAGAAUAUACCCAGACGUUAGAUAGUUGCACCUCAAAUACACCCCAACGUCAUCUAGACCAAUAGAAGUUCUGCUUUCUCCAGAGAAUAUACCCAGACGUUAGAUAGUUACACCCCAACGUCAUCUAGACCAAUAGAAGUUCUGCUUUCUCCAGAGAAUAUACCCAGACGUUAGAUAGUUGCACCUCAAAUACACCCCAACGUCAUCUAGACCAAUAGAAGUUCUGCUUUCUCCAGAGAAUAUACCCAGACGUUAGAUAGUUACACCCCAACGUCAUCUAGACCAAUAGAAGUUCUGCUUUCUCCAGAGAAUAUACCCAGACGUUAGAUAGUUACACCCCAACGUCAUCUAGACCAAUAGAAGUUCUGCUUUCUCCAGAGAAUAUACCCAGACGUUAGAUAGUUGCACCUCAAAUACACCCCAACGUCAUCUAGACCAAUAGAAGUUUUAGUUAUGUUGUAAUACAGAAGUCUAUUAGGAACCCUGGCUGUGGUGAGCUUUCAUUUUCCCUAACCCGCCUCCCCCUAUACCUGGCAGCCAGACUUGGAGGUCUUCCUCAGGUGGAAGGACCCACCAUGGCACAGCCAGCCCUGCCUCCUGCCCAUACGAUAUGCAGGCAGUCACUGUCCAGUCAAGCCGUCGCUUUUUAUACUGCAGCUGCAGGCAGCUACGCUCACGGUCUCGGAGAUCCCUCCCUCCGUGGAACUAUGAAAAGGAAGACAGAGUCUAACCUGAACCUGGCUUUGUUUAAAGCUUGUUUGUACACCGCAUGGUACCUUCUGUAUGUAAUGUGUGUAUAGUCAAUUGCACUAUUGUUUUUUUUUAACUAACUUGGAUGUGCAAUAAGUAAACUAUAAAGACUAUGUAAUUCAUUAAAAAGCAGCACCAUUGUA